AUGUCAGCCGCCAACAGCAAAGGAGGAGCUGCCCCUCCUGCAACCCCCAACUCUGCAAGAGUGCGAGACUCGCCAAAGGCUGUCGUCCGGCCCCAGAGAGGCAGCACUGACGAUAUCCUCCAAGGACGGACGCAGGAAGCUGCUUCGAAUAACACCUCCCCGCACUACUCGGGCCCGGGCGGAACCUCCCACCGGCGAGCAAACAUGCUUCGGUCGAGCGCCGCUACAUAUGCGGAACCAGAGAGCAGUGCGGACGAGGAGACGAGUAUCGUCAGGAAGCCCGGCGGGCAGAAUCCGAAUUACCAGUCCACGGCACAGAAGCCUGCAACGGCCUUGCGGUCGCGUCCUAGCACCGCAAGCAUACGGAGAACGGGGCGUGUCUACCAGCCUGAAGACGAUGCCAAUAACGACAAUGGGAGUUUGGCGGAUGAGCAUAUGUCGUGGUGGGCGCGGAUCCUCUCGGAAUAUGGGUCGAUAGAGCUCGAGAACAAGGGCAGCGUGGCCAGGGACCAUUUGGCUCUCGAACGUACCUUUCUUGCGUGGCUACGGACUUCUCUGGCUUUCGCUUCUAUUGGCAUAGCCAUCACACAACUGCAAGUCCCCCAACUUCCCGCCUUCCAUUCAAGUGAGAAGAGCACCACUAACAGGAUCCCCCAGUUUCCGACUCAAUGUCACGGCUAUAGACAGCCCCGCCGAGUCAUACCAACGCCUUCGACACAUCGGAAAGCCCCUUGGCGCGACGUUUUUGGGCAUAAGCAUCGUGAUGCUAGGCAUCGGGUUCCACAGAUAUUUCGAAUCUCAACAUUGGAUAAUACGGGGGAAAUUCCCGGCGAGUAG